ACAGUCGGGGGAUUGAGCCGCACAGUCAGAGGUUGGGAUGGAAACCCUGUCCUUAGCGAGAAGAACCUGAGCGAGCAAAUAUAUGUGAGUGUCAGAGUGUCAAUGCGUUGACCUCUCACAGCGCUACGCCCAUUGCGCUGAAUCGAAAGUGAUACUUGGUAUUUCCUGCUUCAGUUAUAUCUGUUCGACACUGUGACAACUUUUAUGACUACUGAUUCAUAAAAGUAUACAUUAUAUUACCAGGAACGUCACUGACCACUGGUCACGUGGUGCAAACACUUACCGGCCUAUUUGAACGCUGCAGUAAACAUUGUUUACUUUGUGACGUUGCGAGUUCCUCGGGAGUAGAGCAUCAUAUAGAAGUGUGACAGUCGCUGAAUCACAGCAAGCAUACUCGAGACGCCUUCCUUGGAGCAGUAACCGACGAUGUCAGGACCAACAGGCGACGUGUCCGACUGGGCAGACAUCAAAAUGGUGAGGGCGGCGUUCCGCAGGGGGGUCAGGAAGGGCUCGGGGGGUAAGAAGCUGACAGACGCAGAAGCAAGCAGUGGCAAUCUCACCUCUCUCAAGACCGUUGUCCCCAAGGCAGCUUACGAAAAGCUGAACACGGGCGUGUAUGCAGCGGCCAAAAAGGACGCCAAGGGUAAACUGAGCAUCACGACGUUCGUCACGAAGGAUUUCUUCUGGCGGAUGGCGGGGAAGGAUGAGGACUGCGCCAAGGCGUGGUGUGUUGAGAUGGCGGAGUCCGAGCACAAGAAGCAGGAGGACGAGGCGGCAGCGGCGGCUGAGGGUCCGAAGAAGGGCAGCGACGUGACCAGUCGUUUGACCGACACCAGCAAAUACACCGGUUCCCACAAGGAGAGGUUCGACGCCGGGGGCAAGGGCAAGGGUAUAGCGGGGAGGAAGUACCUACACAAGAACGACGGCUAUGUUGGAGAGUACAAAGGAGAGGGGUCAUUUGAGAAAGGAGGGAAGAAAGACAAAGGAACGGGUAAUGCCGCUGAUGACAUCACAAAGCGUCUGACCGACACCAAGCUGUACACUGCCUCCCACAAGCAGAGGUUCGACGAGGACGGGAAAGGAAAAGGAACAACGGGUCGCAAGGAAACCGUGGAAAACACAGGCUACGUAGGCAGCUACAAGGGAGAGGGGACCUUCGACAAGAAGUAGGGCCUCUCAUCGUAGACACUUCUCAUGGUAGAUGCAGCCCUUUCUCCAUGUGGCCUCAGAGGAAGGAAGGAUUGAACAGUGCUCUCAUGUGCCAAACGUUUGGCAGCUCACCAUGAAACCACAGUUUUCUAUGCUAUUUCAACGUAGCCUAAAUAAUAGAUACAGAUUAUAGCCAUAUAUGGUCACAACACUCGUUAUUAAGUUCAUGAGUUCCUUUUAUUGGCGAAUUCAAUAUCUAUAGAAUGAGUGAUUUGUACGGAAGCUUUUUCGGGCCGUUUGUUUUUUUCGUUUUUUUCUUGAAAUUUCAAGAUACUAAGUUGAAAUUUCAAAAUACUAAGUUAAAUAUCAAGAUACUAAGUUAACAUUUCAAGUGAUAAUCUUAAAAUUUCAACUUAUUAUCUUAAAAUUUCAAGUUCAUUAUUUCAACUUAGUAUGCAUCUUGAAAUUUCAACGUAGUAUCUUAAAAAUUCAACAAACAACAUAACAACUUAAAAUUUCAAGAAAAAAAGUAAAAACCCAAAUGGCCUUGAAAGGCUUCCGUAGAAUUGUGGGUUCAUGGGGUACAUGCUGUAUUUUCAGCAUCACGUGAUACAAGAGAAGAAAUGGCUCUGAUCUGAGAGGUGCAAGUGAAUUCGUUUCGUAUUUCCGUACCUUUCUAACGUAACAUUUGAUCUAAUACACAUCUUUCUGAUCGUGUUCCUACUUAUCAAGCCAAUUCAUGUAAAUUUUAGCAUACAAUUAAUAUCACAAAAAGCUAUAGGGCUCAUGGUUAUUUGACGAACAAUUGGCGUAUAAGUGCAGCUGCACUGGUUGCAGAAGAACCACCUUAACAGCGUUUGAUAUAUCAUGUCCAAAGCACAUGGUUACUUAUGCGUAAAACAUGUUUCUUUUCAUGUUACUUGCUUGAGGUACAUUAAAUCCCCCCAAAUUAAAGAAAACCACAUUUGGACUUAUGACUGUAGUUAAUAUGUAAUGGCUGGCGGGUAUUGUAUCACACAGCCUUCAAAUUGUUGGUGUUCCUUAACUUGUUUUGAGUAGUAUAUAUUGGAAUUGGCUACAGGAAGGGUCUGAUGCCUGUUGUCUCAUUCGUAUCGUGCAUAUUGUGUUGGAAAACCAAUAUCUUUUUCCAGCUCAUGUGUAUGUAGAAAAUAUUUGAUAAUUACAAGUCUCUUUCUAGAAGGACCCCCCCCCCCCCCCCCCACCCCACCCCCCCAUCUCUUCCAUAGACCAAUUCACUUGAGGACCCAUAGAAGUGCCUGUCGAACAUUCCUUACUCUCGUUAAGAAUAUUUUCUUAAAUCAUCUCUCUUGGUCAUAACGCCUAUUUAUUUACAUGGUUAAUGAUAUACAACAUACCUCCUAUUACAUAACUAUUUUAUAAGUUAACUUAUAUUGUGCCUAAAUUAUGCGUCUUUUAUUGUCCAGUGUCAUAUGUGUAUACGUCCUUCGAUCCCUUAUACAUUAUAAGCAAUAGAUAGUGCUAGACUAUAUUGUUAUAGGUUAAUGUGCCUGUGAAACCCGUUUCAAGUUAUCUAUUGCCUAGAUAUUAUCAUCAUCAAUAUACAACGUACAACGCAUAAUGUUGUUACACAAUAUACGUAGAGAACCAAAUUUCACCUUUGUGAUCAUUUAGCAUUGUUUUAGUUUUGUUAAAUAAAACAUUAUUACUCUA